AUGACUGCUGGACGAAAUGGACUAGAGGUAUUUAACGAAGAGGGCCCAACUACUCCGGCUCUGAGAGUUUCCAUCUAUGCACCCCGAUAUUUCUGGACUGAGAACCCAGACAAGCAUUUCUUUACUCUAACCAUUAGUAAACGCUUACCGGAUCGUGAGGAACCGAAAGAAAGUCAGCAACCAUGUAUACUCUCCUGUCUGUAUCACGGUGGUUUCCAAAAGUUAGAAGUGGAGAAUACCCAGCCUCUCAAUCAACCCGAGACUCCUCGUUUCUGGUCUCUCAGUGCCAGUGGUUCAUCGUCAUGGAAAAUUAAGAUGGGUCCAGCCCUUUACCAGCCUUUGAAACCAGGUGAGUUGCAUGAGCUAUUUUGGCCAGGAGGGGAGGACCUGUUGUCCAAGUCGACACCUGUGAUUCUUCCAAGGGGUGCAUGUUGCUCGUUCACUCUGCUCGAAGGGAUGCCACCGCCUCGACGACGGGGUGACCCGAUCAUUGAGCCAUGUAUGACAGUCAAUAGUCCAGGUGUUCUGAUACUCAGUCUUGAAAUCGAUGCACCCUCAACAUGGAAAGUGAAGGAAUACCUGCAAGUGACAUAUAAGGUCACUUACCAUGGGGUUUCAGGAGAUGAUAAAGCUCGACCGAUUACUUUUGGCCCGUCCGGCUUUGAAGGGGUUCAUGCAUUUGGUGUCCAUUGGCAUCGCCAUGGUACCGACAAAUGGGAGUCCUGGCAUGGCAUGGAAGAGGACAAGUUCAUUACUCUUCAGCCCUAUGAGACCUGGACUUGGGGGGCCGAUCUUACUUGUUUAUAUGACUUGCCUGAAGAUGCCCGGGUAGAUUGGGGAACGAAGGAAAACCAUAUGGAUACUGUGUUAACGGUGCCUGGUCUCUGGGGAGGUGCAGUUCUUGAUCCUCCGGAUAACGAAGGACGGCCCAAGGUGGUAGUCCCAGCCUCUGUACAGUUGAAUUCACCGUGA